CUGCUGCUAUUCAAGGCCGCGGACACGGAAAAAUACAAAGCAAAAGUCGAAGAAGAUGGAGUGCGCCAUAAAUCGCCUGAGCUCGAUGACUCGGGCGAGUUUGUCCGGUGGUUGUGCUGUGGCAGCACGAACCGAAGUGUUUUCGGCUGCUCAGCUGACAAAGGGGAAGACUCUGCGGUAUCACGCAAAAGAAGUGAAUUCUCAAGCACGCUUGAAGGCCGGAGCGAGUCGACGCCAAAACUUUUAUCAGCUAUACUCCAUGUCGACAAUUUUGACGAUGGUGAGACCACGUAUUCCAUCUAUGAUCGAGGGGUUCUUCCGAACUAUCGAGAUAAAGGGGAGGACGGAGGUUGUCGUGUUCGCUGGCGAGAUUGGGAAUGUUGGGCGAACAACUACGAAGUGCCCAGUAAUCGCUGGGUGAACUUGAAAGUUGUGUUCGACUGCCGA